UUCCGAUAUAUCUGUCCUUGUUUCUCAUUUCCCCCCACCAUUACGACUCUACACUUCGAUUAAAAUAUUAAGUCCAUUGACUCGUGUUAGUUGUGACGCUGUUAUCCUAUCGAAAGCUUCCACGUCAUUGUAGUUAAGUUAUUUAAGUGACGUUACAGCUCUCGAUAGGAUGAUAGUGCCAGAGUUGAUUUUGUGUCAACGGACGUAAUGUUUGAAUCGAAGUAUAUUCUCUCUAUCGAGCCUUCUAGAAAGGGGUGUGCUCAGUCGCUCAGUUGUUUCCAGGGAGACCGCGAAGUUUCGACGGCAGUAUAUAAGGAGCUGCGCAUAACGACCGGUUACCAUUCCGCUGCAGAUCGUGUUUUCAGUACGACUUUUGUGAAGUACUAGUUCUUGCUACUUUGUACCCAAGAAGUACUUAGUGUGCGUGUACUAUUGUUGUAAAAUUUUCUGUUUUUGCCUGCAGUAAGAUCGUAAAUAUGUCUUUGCUUCCGUAUCUACUGAGUGAAGCUCUUGGAGACAUGGCAGUGGUUCGAUCACGGCCCGGCUCCAUUUUCGAUCAAAAUUUUGGCUUAGGAGUUCUGAAUGACGAUCUUGUCCACCCACAUUUGAUGACUGUUCCUCUGCUGUCGGGCUACAUUCGUCCCUGGCGUCAUCAAGCCACCCGUACAAGUGGGACUUCUAAUAUUCAGAACAACCAGGAAGGAUUUAAAGUUAACCUGGAUGUCCAGCAAUUUAAACCUGAAGAAAUUAAUGUAAAGAUGAUGGAUAAUUAUGUUGUGGUGGAGGGAAGUCACGAGGAACGUGAAGAUGAACAUGGAUUCAUUUCACGUAAAUUUGUUCGAAAAUACAAAAUUCCAGAUGAUGUGGAUCCAGACACAGUUAUCUCAAAAUUGUCUUCAGAUGGAGUGCUCUCAAUUGAAGCUCCUAAGAAGGUUCAAGCACCACCUUCUAAAGAACGUGUCAUCCAAAUUACUCACACCAAUACUCCUGCCAUCAAGAGUCAGCCGAGUUCAGGCCAAACUGGAAAGGGGGAUACUGCUGAGAAGAUGGAUCACAAACAAUUGGAUCAUAAAAGUGAUUUUAAUAAUGAAGAUUUUGAAAUGAAAAUGGCAUCAGAUCCGCGUCUGAAUAGUGGUAACAAAACUGAUCUGCGCAUUUACCGCACUGGCCCGCUUUUUAAACACAAUUUUGGAUUCGAUGUUUUGCACAAAGAACUUUUUCGUCCCUUUGUUCCUGCCCUCAUUCGGAACCGCUACUUAGGUCCCUGGAGACACCAGUAUUAUCAGGCCAAUGGCAUAUCCGAUAUUCAAGACAAUCGAGAUAGAUAUAAGGUAAAUCUGGACGUACAGCAGUUCAGGCCUGAUGAAAUAAGUGUGAAAAUGGUAGGAAACCAUAUUGUUGUGGAAGGCAAACACAAAGAAAGGCAGGAUGAACAUGGAUACAUAUCACGGCAGUUCCAAAGACGAUACAAGCUUCCCGAAGGCAUUGUUCUAGAUGCUGUGGAGUCCAAACUCUCGUCUGAUGGUGUGCUGUCCAUUGAAGCUCCUAAGAAGACUAUAGUGUCUCCUUCCAAAGACCAUGUGAUUCAGAUCACCCUUACAAAUGCACCAACAAUGGCUCUGUCACCUUACUUCUUAAACAACUUUCUCGACGACCUCGUCGUGCCCCGUUCUUACCGUACGGGCUCGAUUUUCGACCAGGCUUUCGGCCUGGGCCUUCUGCACGACGACCUAGUCCGCCCUAUUGCCUGCCCAGGCUUCAGUGGCUACAUUCGCCCCUGGAGACACCAAACUGCGCGAAACAGUGGGGUAUCAAAUAUCCAGAACGAUUCAGAUGGGUUUAAGGUGAAUCUGGAUGUCCAACAAUUCAAGCCUGAGGAAAUAAAUGUUAAAAUGGUAGACAACUACGUUGUUGUAGAGGGCAAGCACGAGGAGCGUCAGGAUGAUCACGGCUACAUCUCUCGCCAAUUCCAAAGGAGAUACUUACUUCCUGAGGAUGUUAAUCCAGAUGCUCUGGUUUCCAAACUUUCUUCUGAUGGUGUACUCUCUAUUGAAGCUCCGAAAAAGGCAAUUGAGCCACUUUCUAAGGAACGCCCCAUUCCAAUCACGCACACCAAUGCACCAGCUGUGAUGCAGUCUGCACCACAAACUACAGGAAACAAACCAUCUGCUACUAAAGAGGGUGGAGAGAAAAUGGAUCAAUAAAUCUUUUUGGUUUUCAAUUCUUAAGUCUGAAUAUUGUAAUGAGAAAUUUUGAGACUGAAUAUC